UAACCUUUUCCACUUCGAGAAAGUUUAUGUUGAGAUGUAAGGGCUGCAUCUGUGUUUUGAAAACAAAAAAGUAGUUCCCACGCAAAAGGUAUAAAAGAGUGCCUUUGGUGUCCUGCACAUGGAUCAUUCUGUGCUGGCAGCAUGGCAAAGAGGUACACUCUUCAUGAGACCGUGGAGUUUCUGCUGGAUUCCAGCGAAAAUGAAAACCUAGAAGACUCUGAGCCUGAGGACUCUGAGCCAGAGGACUGCAAUCCCCCUGAAGAAGAGGAUGAGGAUAACCAGGAAUCGGAGGAUGACUUUGAGGAGGCAGAUGCAGACCAAACCUUAAUUUCUAAAAAUGGGCAAAUAACCUGGUCUACCAUUCCACCUCCACAGAGGCCAGGGAGAUCACCAGCUGCACAAGUUAUAAAGUUGACACCUGGACCAACUAGGUAUGCUUGUUCUCGUGUAGAGGACAUAAAGUCCAGUUUUUUAUUAUUUUUUCCAUCAUGCAUCCAAAGCAUCUUGGUGGAGAUGACUAAUCUUGAAGGAAGGCGUGUUUAUGGAGCUGACUGGAGGGAUGUGGACUGGACAGAUAUGGAAGCAUAUAUCGGUCUGAUACUUCUUGCAGGAGUUUAUCGCUCCAAAAAUGAAAACCUGGAAAGUUUGUGGGAUGCUCAAACUGGGCGUGCGAUUUUUGGUGCAGUCAUGCCGCUGAAAAAAUUUAAAAUUUUUUCAAGAGUCAUCCGUUUCGAUGACAAGGCCACAAGACCUGCCCGACGAGAGAAUGACAAGCUGGCACCAAUUCGGGACCUGUGGAAUUCAUGGGUGGAGCGCCUUCCAAUGAUGUUCAACCCUGGUCCAAACAUAACAGUGGACGAGUGCCUGGUGUCAUUCAGAGGUCGUUGCAUGUUCAAACAGUACAUGCCUAAUAAGCCGGCAAAAUACGGUAUCAAAAUCUGGGCAGCAUGUGAUGCCAAGACAAGCUAUGCUUGGAGCAUGCAGAUUUACACCGGCAAGCCUCGUGAUGGACCACCUGAGAGAAAUCAAGGCAUGCGUGUGGUCCUUGAUUUGACCACUGGACUCCAGGGACACACUGUUACGUGUGACAAUUUCUUCACUUCCUAUGCCCUUGGACAGGAGCUCCUGAAAAGGAAAAUGACCAUGGUCGGAACUGUUCGCAGAAACAAGCCGGAACUCCCAUCAGCACUUUUGACAACGAGAGACAGAGCUGUGCAUUCCUCUCUUUUUGCAUUCACGGAGACGCACAGUCUUGUCUCAUAUUGCCCCAAAAGGCAUAGAAAUGUGCUGCUCAUGAGCACCUGUCACAAGGAUGCAAAAAUCAGUGACCGGGAGGACAGGAAGCCAGAGGUCAUCUUGGACUACAACCGCUGUAAAGGCGGAGUUGACAACCUUGACAAGAUGGUUGCAAGUUACAGCUGCAAGCGUAAGACUAAUCGUUGGCCAAUGGUUGUCUUCUCUACCAUCCUUGAUGUCUCGGCCAUAAAUGCCUUCGUGGUGUGGAGAGAAAUCAAUCCAUCUUGGGAGAGAGGGAAGAGCACGCAAAGGAGGAUCUUUCUCGAGCAGCUGGGCAAAGCUCUGGUGUCCCCUCUUAUGGAGCGACGGCAACACCUGCCUCGUGCACCAGCAUCUGCAUCAAUCCUAAAACGACAAUGGGAUUCUUCCAAUGCUCCAGGGCCCUCCACUGAACCACAACCAAAGCGAACAAGGUGUCAGGUUUGUCCACGGGCUAAAGAUGCAAAAACUGACAAGCAGUGCGUGAUCUGCAAAAGAGCCAUUUGUGCUGCUCACACAGUGUUCUUUUGCCAGAAGUGCGUGGAAUGAUUACUUUAUCAUGUGUUUUACACCAUGUAUUUUAGAAAUUUUUGGUAGUUUGUUAUUGCUUUUAUGUUCAAUGUUAAGAAUGUGAUUGUACAAAAAUAAUUUGUUGUCCACUUUUACUUCUGUUCAUGUCUAGAUAUUGCUGUUGGUUAUUUACACUUUUUUUUAUUUUGUUUACAUUCUAAAGUUAAUUAUUCUAUUUUUUUUACACUUGAUUCAUUAAAAUGUUCAAUAAUAUGCAACUAAAGUCUGAAUCUGUUUUUUUUUCCUUUAGGUGUGACUUAUGUGGCAUUUAUUAGUAGUUGACCACAUCCAGUAAAAUGAAUGGCUUUCAAUGGCCCUCUGCUGGUCAAAACAAUUUACUGCUUAAACUGUAAUCCCCUUAGGUUUUUC